AUGACAGAUCUACCAGCAGUGCGAGUUCGACAAGCACAUCCCUUUGAAAAUACUGGGUGCGAUGACGCUGGGCACUUCUCACAGAAAUUAAAUAACGGAAGAAAUGCACGUACUUUCAAGGGGUAUAUUUGCUUAUUUUUUUGCCUCGUUACAUCUGCCAUACAUUUUGAACUCGCUACUGACCUAAGUACUAAUUGCUUCCUAGCAGCACUUCGCCGUUUCAUGUCCCGUCGUGGAAAGUGUUCUUCAAUCUUUAGUGAUAAUGGAAGGAUUUUUCUUGGUGCUGCUAGUGUGUUAAACGAGAUAUAUGCAGCAAUUAUGUCACAGUUUCGGAACGAAAUCAUUGCACCACAUUGGGGUGGAGUCUGGGAAUCGGCAGUGCGAUCAGUCAAGUCACAUUUACAGCGCGUAAUAGGCAAUGCAGUGCUUACGUUUGAGCAGAUGAAUACUUUGCUGACACAGAUUGAAGCAGUUGUAAAUUCUCGCCCCCUAGGCGCUACAUCAGACUCGGAUACUAAUUAUCUUUCUUCUUUUCAUUUUUUGAUUGGUCGCCCGUAUACGUUGGUUCCAGAAGACGAUCUAAGUCAUAUAAACGACAACAAAUUAGACUACCGGCAGCACAUAGAAAAUAUGCUUCACGGAUUUUGGCGUACAUUACAUCAGGAAUACUUAACAUCUCUACAAAACCGUCCAAAAUGGUUUCGACUGCAACCCAAUAUAGCCGUGGGCAACAUAGUGGUCAUUACGGAAUCGAGCAUACCACCAGCAAAGUGUCUCAUAGCUAAGGUAACUGAAAUACAUCUUGGUUCAGAUGGGCUCGUUCAAAUCGUAAAACUUUACACUGUACACGAGGAGAUAACGCGACCCAUUACAAAGGUUGUUGUUUUACCUGUACUCUGA